AUGGCCUUUUUACACUCUCAUUCGUGCGAGUGUCUCAAAUCAGAAUUGGAAUUAUUCACCGUCCCACCAACGCAAGCAACAAUUGAAAACUCGCAAUGGUUACAUUACAAACCAAUAUCGUCGUUAACCGAUGAUUCACCUAUAGAAUUUGUUAUACCAGGCCAGGGGGAAGAAUACAUCGACUUACCACAUACCAUGUUAUGUAUCAGUGUUCAAAUAAGACCGACCGUUUUCAAAGAAACUCCAAAAAAAGAAGAGACUUCAGGUGCUGUUGAUAAGCUAGUAGGACUCGUCAAUAAUUUUAUGCAUUCGUUAUUCAAUCAGGUAGAUGUGUUUUUCAAUCAAAAACUUGUAACACCCCCAAAUAAUGCCGAUACGGGUAGUGAAAUAGCGCAACCAUCCAUCUUAAACGCCGGUUUUCUAAAACGGUGUUCGUUAACAGCUAAUGCUAAGAAAAUUGACCUUAUGGUUCAUUUACAUUGCGAUGUUUUCAAUCAAGAAAGGUUUCUGAUAAACGGCGUAGAAAUGCGUUUGCGGAUGGUGCGAUCAAGAGACGCUUUCUGCCUUAUGGAUCAAACCGAACGAGGUUUCGAAGUUCAUAUACUCGAUGCUACGCUACUUGUCAGACGUUCAAAAAUUUCACCAGAAUACGGUCUUUUGGAUUCUACAUCAUUAUUAUCAUUGACAUCACCGUCAUCACCACCCGCACCAUCGUUUUCUACGACUUGGUGUAAUCGUAAUAAUCAUCAUAAUAUCAAAGAAGAAGAAGAAGAAGAUAUCUCUCCAGUCAAUUCUUGGUGGUUAUGA